AGAGGAAGGAAAGAAUAAGAACCCUGCACAAGGCAUGCAUGAGAAGAAAUCCCACUUCUAAUAAUCCAAGCAAUGCUUUUACGGACACACACAUCUUGAUUUAAAAACCCUUGCUAUUUCUUUCAUGCAUUUCAUCAAACACAUAACGCACGUACCCACCACAACAUAGACUACUCAUUUUUCUCCAAUCACAUUAAUAUUAUUAUUGAGAAACGAUGAAAUCAGGGAAAUUGGGAUUCUUUGUUGUGCUACUCUUGUUGAGUUCAUCUACUUGUUUAGCUUGGUUUGGUAGUAGUAAACACAAAACUUCAACUGCAAAUGAACAAUCCUCCUCCUCCUCCUCCUCAUCAUCAUCACCUUCGUUCUUAAACCGUUUUCGUUCUGGCUCAUCCGUCGUGUUCCCGGUUCACGGAAAUGUUUACCCUGUUGGUUUUUAUAAUGUGACUCUCAACAUUGGGAAUCCACCAAGGCCAUAUUUUCUUGAUAUUGACACGGGUAGCGACCUAACAUGGCUUCAAUGUGAUGCACCUUGCUCCCGGUGCUCCCAGACACCCCAUCCGCUUUACCGGCCUAGCAAUGACUUAGUCCCCUGCAGGCAUCCCCUCUGUGCAUCUGUGCAUCAGACAGAUAACUAUGACUGUGAAGUCCAGCAUCAGUGUGACUAUGAAGUUGAGUAUGCAGAUUUUUACUCAUCCCUUGGUGUACUUGUCAAUGAUGUCUAUGUUCUCAACUUUACAAAUGGAGUCCAACUGAAAGUUCGUAUGGGACUUGGAUGUGGAUAUGAUCAGAUUUUUCCAGAAUCCUCCUACCACCCUGUAGAUGGUAUGCUUGGUCUUGGCAGGGGAAAAUCUAGCUUGAUAUCACAGUUGAGUAGUCAGGGUUUGGUGAGAAAUGUGGUUGGACACUGUUUGAGUGCACAAGGAGGAGGAUACAUCUUCUUUGGAGAUGUUUAUGAUUCGUCUCGAUUGGCUUGGACUCCAAUGUCAUCGAAUGAUCACAAACAUUACUCAGCAGGGCCAGCUGAACUCGUUUUUGGAGGGAAGAAGACUGGGUUUGGAAAUCUUUUAGCUGUUUUUGACACUGGGAGUUCUUACACUUACUUCAACUCCAACACUUAUCAAGCACUAAUUUCUUGGUUGACAAAAGAAUUAGCUGGAAAGCCUAUACAAGAAGCACCUGAAGACCAAACUCUCCCUCUAUGUUGGUCUGGAAAAAGACCUUUUAGAAGUGUAUAUGACGUCAAAAAAUACUUCAAGCCUAUUGCGUUUAGUUUCCCAGGCUGUGGGAGAACAAAAGCCCAAUUUGAAAUCCCUCCUGAAGCAUACCUGAUAAUAUCAAACAUGGGAAAUGUUUGCUUGGGCAUUCUAAAUGGCUCUGAAGUAGGAAUGGAGGAUCUGAACCUAAUCGGAGACAUAUCCAUGCUGGACAAAGUGAUGGUAUUUGACAAUGAGAAGCAGUUGAUUGGUUGGGCACCAACAGAUUGUAACCGGGUUCCAAAAUCCAGAGAUAUCAGCAUUUGAUUGCAUGCCCCUCAAUUAUCUUGUAUCAUCAUAUAGUAUAGCUUAUACCCUGCUCUAUAGAACAGGUUAUUUGGUUGUAUCAAUGAAUGUUGAUAUCCUCAUAAUGAUAUCCAUGUGAAUAGUAUAUUGGUAUGGUAUAGAGGUCUACAUCGAGUUUUAGUGUUUAAAGUGUAAUUCCAACUGAUCACAAUUGAAAAUGAUCAGUCGAAUAACAUAUCAGGUAAGUUUGAUACAAAGAUUA